CUCGGCGAGCAUCAUACUUUCCACUGGACCAAAACCCACCACCCACCAUGGACUGUGAGGGCCAGCCCGGGGACGCUUUAUUGAGCCCUGAGGAAGAGUCGGAUAUUCCUACUUGGGCCACUUUAAGGGCCAAGAUCCUCUCUUUCACCAGAGGUCGCUGUAAAAGUCCCAUUCUCAAAAGUCCUGGUAGUCGGAGUCCCACUUGUCGGAGCCCGACAGCUAGAAGCCCAGUUUCUCGAAGUCCAACUACCCGAAGUCCAGUUUCUAGGAGCCCAACAACAUGCAGGAGCCCAGUUAGUAAGAGUCCAAUCUGUAGGUCCCCAUCCAGUCGUUCUCCGACCUCCCAGUCCCCUAACCGCUCUCCUACCAACAAGUCACCGCCUCUCAAGUCCCCUACACAACGCUGGGCACCUUCCUUGGCCCUCAGCAAAAGAAGUUCCUUUUCCCGUGGAUCAUCUCGCGAGUCUCGUGGAUCUCGCGAGUCCCCCACAGGUGUGGUAGACUUCCUGGAGAACCAGCCAGCCCGUCGUAACUCAGGAUCUAAAGUCAAGCGCUGCUUAAAGAAAGCUUUCAGUCUUAAUCUAGGAGAGGAGGAAGAGGAUGGUGUGGAUGUUGAAAGCCCAGUUGGUGCUCCAGGGGCUUCCGGAGGCCGGAAAGUGAAGCUCAAAAUACGGUCGUCGCCAGUGGAACAGGUUAUGGAAAUGACUCAGUGGGAGGAAGAGGAUGAGGAACGAGCCGCUGCCGGUGCAAGACGCCCACGUAAAUCAUCGUAUCACGGUUCAACAACUCCCACAUCACCGGUGGAAGCACCUAAGCGGCACUCAUUCAGUACGGCGUCGGAUCGCGCUGGCAUCGUAGUUACUAACAAUGAUCUGGUGUCGUUGUUAGGAACUACCCACCGUCUCACUCCCCCUGGGUUACCAGUACCUGUAGAUGCCCCUCCAGUGCCCCCUGAUUUACCCAAUCCUCGUGCCAGGGGACGCUCUCAGAGCAUAGCAGCUUGCUGGGAUAACCAGAAAAAUUCAACAGGGGAUGGUCAGGCAGAGGACAACGGACCUCAAGUCCCCAUAACAAUUAGAAGAACUGAUUGUGAUUACAUAGCGUUGCCUCUUUUAGCUCAGAGUUCCUCGACUCUUGAAGCUCCAGAAGAGGAAGAUGAAGAGGAUAAAGAGGGGGAAGACCAGGAGAGUAAAUUGCUGUGGGAUUCCUCUGGUUCCACUAUUGACGCUGGUUUGUUGGGGUCUGUUAUAGAGCAAUAUCUCAAGACCUCUAAGGAAGAUGACGUCGGGGAAGUGUCCUCUGCCCUCACUGGUUUACAGGUCAAGUGACGUCCAACCCGUGCUCACCCAUAC